AUGUUCAGAACGGCAUUGUUUUCGCCAGAAAAUAAUCAUCAGAGUUAUAGAGCUGAAUUUCAUUCUCAAGCAAAAGCGAAGAAUCUGAUCCACCAUGUCAAGACUUGUACCUGGUCCGAUGAUUCUGAAUCAUCUUGUUGCGACAUUGACGAAUGGUUACGUGACAAGUGGUACUUCCCCGACGGUAACAAGACCACAUUUUUGAGGAUUCGUCAACGCGUUAUGGUGACCCACGACGAAGCAAAUGGGAAGAUCAGAUACAGAUGUGUCGAGAAAUACGGAAACAUCUUUCUUAUCAGAAAAAAAGUUUACCGACCGAACAGAGAUGGCGUCAUCUGUUUAGGUUUCAGCUACACAUCGGAACAUGAUACUGAAAUGAAUCACUUGAUUCGAUACAACGGUCCUGGAGUUGGAAACCAUCUCCUCAGCCCUCAGCUGGUCAGACGCGAUGAAUCAGUGAGUAUUAACACCACCUGUGACCUUCUAUAUACUGAACAGAAAAGGCCAACUGCACGACUCACCCGAUCACCUCCUGGUUGCCGGAUUCCAACUGACAUUCGAGGGGAAUGGAGAUACACGCUGAAGAUUGCACGGCGCUUGAUUGUUGACGUGAAAUAUAUGAACCUUGUUCUUAUGGACAACAGUGUCGUCAAACUCGACUGUGAAAGCCGCGACGGAAACAUGUUUCUGUUGAGGGUAAAGAACUACGAUCCCGGUAAACACGAUGCACUGAUGUGUCUGAAAAUCGAACGGAUUGAUUUUGAUCCCCACUACACUUACAAAUUAUCUCGACUCAACAGUGGCAACGUGCUUCAUAACCAACUUCGCCUUUUGAAACCAAAUGAAGAAUUACAUCUGCACACCCACUGCGACUGGAUCGAAAGUCCAGGAAUUGCCGAAUAUCUUUACCCAUUCUGA